UUUUUUUUUUUAUCUUUAAGUGACGGUACUUAGUUAGAAUUUAGUUUCCGAGGAGAAAGCACAAAACGUCAAAGACAAUUAAAAUACACGGCAGGGACUCCGUAUAUGAAAACAUCACGAUCCCUUACAACUCUCAUUACUCAGUAUAUGAAAUAAACAUAUGUCAUAAAUUAUUGUAGCAUUACCCAACGAUCAAUAGCUAUGGCAUUGCACCAGUUCAAGCAUUUCAGAAAAUCAAAGAAUUUACAUAUAACACGGUGUGCCGUGGUACCAGAAUAUAUAGCGUUAUAAAAUAGGACACCAGUUUGCAAUCAAAUAUCAUAUUUGACAACUAUAUUCGUAAGAUUUAUGUGUUCUACUCGAUCGUCUGCCGGCUAAUCUAGACCAGGCAUCGUUGUGUAUAUUUACUGAAGGCGCGCUUAAUUUUCUCCCGGAGAAUUGACCGCACCGCUGGGAGAUGCAGCUUUUCCGCAUCAGCAACCCCGUGAUGACUCAUCCAAUACUCCUUACAAUAAUAGCACUGUUUUCUCGUAACAAGCACGUGCAUUUUUUUUUUUUUAUCAAAAUGGUGGAAUUGUAGAGUAACAUUCCCGAUCCAUCAAUGUGGCGUUUUGGAGGAAUAAUCAGCUUUCAGUGAGUUUGUUUACAUUCUGGGAUCGUAUCGUAAACCACCUGUAGAUUUUGGUCGGCUCAAUUCUGGCACUUCCCAUGAACUGGGGCAAUGAUUGAUGUGUCACUGGGUCCCUCCCUAUCCCGAAUGAGGACAUACGGGGUGAAGCCAGAUUCUAUUAAACAGAACGGAGCUCAUGCAGACAGAACUCCGGAGGAAGAGCGAUAUUCGGGUCGGGUUCCCGAAACUUUCAAUAUGACUUCCAUCAAAGACGGUCAGGUGCCAGCGGGAGGUAAAAGAUGUUCAUCAUCGUUCGCUUUGAAACUGACAGCAGUCAUCGCUAGUGUUCUAUGUGUCAUAUUCCUCGUUGUUUUAAUCAUAUUAGCUGUUAUCAAACUAGACAAACCAACCUGUGUUCCGGGAUAUAGCGUGAUUCCAAGAAACCUUGACAGUCCACAAGUGUUCGAUGGACUUACUCCUAAGGAGUACAUUUCAGCACGUGACUACCUCUUAAACGACAAAGUGCUAAACUUAGUGCCAUUUUCUAAAGCAACCAUCAACAGUUCAUAUAUAUACAUGAUUGAUCACCUAAUGCCAUUAAAAGACGCAGUUUUAAAAUAUUUACAAGGUGUUUCAAAGCAACCUGAACGUACGGCAAAGGCGAUAAUUAUAAGAGGUGAUUUGAACCCACCGAGAGUUGAGGAAUAUAUUGUUGGACCGUUACCGAAUCCAUCCUAUCACAAACAAGUAACGAAUCCGUCCUUUACAAAGUCGAGAAUUCCAUACAGUGCCAAACCUGUCGAUAAUGUCGAGUAUGGAUUUCUAUAUGAUAUAUUGUAUAAUGUAUCAGUAGAAUUGUAUCCGUUGAUGUAUGGUAGUUAUAAACUGUCGUACCAUAACUGUACGAAGGGAGUUGACUGCCUUUUGUGGUGGGAUAUCGCGCCUAGAGGACGAAUUAGCGGGGAACGCAAAACCUGGUUUUGGUCUUUCAGAGAUGUAGAGGGGUUUUAUCUACAUCCUUUAGGGCUGGAAAUACAGAUUGACCACCUCUCUACCAACCCAAAGGAAUGGAAAGUGAUCAGAGCGGUGUACAACGGUCAAAUGUUUUUUGAAGUUGACGACCUCGUUAAUCGAUAUAAUGGAGUAAAUAAUCUUAGAAAAAUAAACUAUGAACCACUUGGUUCGAAAGAAUACUUGUAUUCUUCUUAUAACCGUCGAGGGAAAAGUGAAAUGCCCGAUCCUCUACAAGGACCCAAACUUGUAGAACCCGAUGGACAUAGAUACCACAUUGACGGGCAACACGUGGCAUACAUGCACUGGGACUUUAAUUUCAAAAUGAGACCGUCCACUGGGUUGCAAAUCUUUGACGUGCGAUUUCAGGAGGAGAGGAUUGCGUAUGAAAUAUCUUUACAAGACGCUGUGGUAUUUUAUUCAGGAUUUGGUCCAGUGCAAGGAACUAGUAGUUACUUCGAUGCGUCGUGGAUGAUGGGGGCAUCUUGUAACGAACUCGUUCCUGGAGUGGAUUGUCCAGAAACAGCAGUGUUCUUUGACGCCGAUUUCCUUACAAAUGCACACGAACCUUGGAAGAUAAAGAAUUCCGUGUGUAUCUUUGAAGAUACGGCAAACCUACCACUGCGACGCCAUUAUACAAAUUCUAUGGAUGGGUACAAAGACUACAGUGGAUUAGUAGACCAUCAUCUUGUUGUGAGAACCAUUACCAAUAUCUGGAAUUAUGACUACGUGUUUGAUUAUAUAUUCCAUCUAAAUGGUGCCAUUCAAGUCCGAACGUCAUUAACAGGGUACGUUCAAGCCGCGUAUGCUUUAUAUCAGGAGAAACAAUUUGGAUACCCGAUAUAUAAUGAUGUAGUGGCCAACAUCCACCAACAUCUGUUUAACUAUAAAGUAGAUCUGGAUAUCAAUGGCCUCCAGAACAGUUACGCCACUUUGGAUGUGUCUACACAGAGAUCUGAAGUGAACUGGAGAAAAAACAUGUUUAAAACUGAGAUGAUUUUUGAGAAAAAUAUUCAACAAAACGAGUUAGAUGCUGGUCCUGGGCAACUGAAUAACACGAAACCAAAGUACGACAUUAUUCUUAACGAGCAUGCUACAAGCAAAUUUAAAUCGGAGCGGGGUUACCGAAUUCUCAACCAUGGAAAAACAAAAUUUAUUUUGGAAGAAAACGAAGUGACUAAAGCAGCGAGUUGGGCUAAAUAUCCGUUAGCAGUGACAAAAUACCAAGAUUUUGAACAAAUGAGCAGUUCCAUUUACGCACAAAACGACCCAUGGGAUCCGCUGCUGGAUUUUGAUAAAUUCAUUCAAAAUAAUGAUUCCAUUGUUAACACAGACCUUGUCGCAUGGGUGACGACCGGUGUGUUACACAUACCACACACAGAAGACAUCCCGUCAACCACCACUCCCGGAAGUCAAGUUAAUUUCUUUCUACUUCCGUUUAAUUAUUUCACAGAGUGCCCAAGCGUGUCUUCACCAAACACAGUAAAAAUACGCCCCAAACCUGGCGGUGGUAUUGACUUGAAUACUUACGGCACUUCAUUUGAAUCAAAUUGUGUUCAGAAAUCUAAUGGACCUUCCACGUACGAUGGUCGGAUACAUAAUAUUGAAUUAUGAUAACUGUGAUAUUUAUUAUAUUUUUACAUAGUUAACUUUAUUAUCUUCGCCUUUGAUUAUACUUACAAGUAUAUGCAUUGCCUAUAGAUAUGUAUACAUUACGGUAACCUGAGAAAUAUACUUGUAUUAAGAUAAAUAAACUUUCGAUAAUAGGAAAUCUCGAUAAUCCUUCACUUGUUAUACAAUAAAAAGUAUUAUCAUGUUAAAGUCUGAUUUUUUAAUGCUAAGAUAGUGGCCAACAUCCACCAAAAUCGUAGUGGUUAGGUCAUAUGGCGAAAACUAUUCUAUUGCACUCCAGCGAGAUUCCUGUGCAACAUAACCAUAGCGGAUAUCUCUCUCUCUCUUCACAUCCUGUGACCUUUUGGUUUUUUUGUACCACAAGAUGGCUGAAUAUAGUUUAUAAAAUCUCAUUAAGACUUGGUGUAAUGUUACAACUCUAUUCUUAAGGUAACUCUAUGUGAUGUCAUAUAUGGAUUUUGUUUUUGCAAAAUUUUUAAUUCAUUUGAUUAAACUUUGUGCAUGUACAUGUAUAUAGAAAGGUAACAAUCUAAUUUACAAAUACAACCUGUCCUGAGGUCGAAUGAACGUGUGUAAUGCCAAUCGUUAGGCCAUUCUUUACAUACUAAUUUUAACUACGGAUUACUCCGUUUACCUAUUCACAAUAUAGGGCUUAUGACAGGUGUGACCGGUCAACAGGGGAUGCCUACUCCUCCUAGGCACCUGAUCCCACCUCUGGUGUGUUCAGGGGUCUGUGUUUGCCUUCCUCUUAAUUUUGUAUUUUUAUUGGAAUUUUGAGAUUGAUCACUGCUCGUUAUUUUCACCUUUUCAAUACUUUUACUCUGAUAGAAGGAAAAUUCGAGUAUACUAAUUGAUACUGAAAUAAUUUAUAAUUUCUAUAAAUAAUCAAUCUAUAUUUAAAAUGUUGUAGAGGACAUUAACUUUAUUAUGCUGUGCGAUUUUAUAUUAUGUUUAUGUAUGUCUGACAUCUUUAAAAAGAUGGCAACUUAUGCAUUUUCUUUAUUUAUUUAUUUACAUUAAACUAUAUUUAGUGGAAA